CCGCCUGCCUGUCUCUCUCUCUCUCUCUCCCUCUCCCUCUCUCUCUCUCUCUCUCUCUCUCCUCAGUUGCACAGCUCAAUCUCACUCCCGCAGAUCUUCCCGAUCAGGCUGGAUCAAACUUUUCUUAUGCGUGGAACCAACUAAAGGAGACUUUGAUGCGGAAUAUAAGUUUCCGCUACAAUGCAAGGUUUCAAAGCUAAAUUUAGGGUAGCAACCCUGGUUAUUAUUUCGAUAUGGUUGGGGCUGGCUGCUGUCUUUGAUUUGGUAAAACCGAUUUCAAAUGGUUGUAUCAUGACAUACAUGUACCCUCAAUAUAUUCCGGUCUCCUCUCCUGCAAACUUAUCGGCUUCAAAGUACGGGUUAUAUUUGUACCAUGAAGGAUGGAAGAAGAUUGAUUUUAGUGAACACCUUAAGAAGCUUAGCGGUGUUCCUGUUCUUUUUAUUCCAGGCAAUGGUGGUAGUUACAAGCAGGUAAGAUCAUUAGCAGCAGAAUCUGAUAGAGCAUAUCAAGGAGGCCCACUUGAGCGUACAUUCUACCAGCAAGCUUCCCUAACUGUCAAAAAGGGAGGAGUAGAGAUGGAUGCUACUGGCUUUCAUUUACCCAACCACUAUAGUUCAAUGUUGGACUGGUUUGCUGUGGAUCUUGAAGGUGAACAUUCUGCAAUGGAUGGUCGGAUACUGGAAGAACACACGGAAUAUGUAGUAUAUGCCAUUCACAGGAUUCUGGACCAGUAUAAAGAUUCACGUGGUGCUCGGGUAAAAAAAGGAGCUGCCAUAUCAGGGAGACUUCCGACAAGUGUGAUAUUGGUUGGUCACUCUAUGGGUGGUUUUGUUGCUAGAGCUGCAAUUAUACACCCAGACUUAAGAAAGUCUGCUGUUGAAACAGUUCUCACACUUUCCAGCCCGCACCAGUCACCUCCUGUGGCAUUGCAGCCAUCCUUGGGUCACUAUUAUGCACGUGUCAACGAGGAAUGGAGAAAGGGAUAUGAGGUCCAAACAUCUCGAACUGGACGUUAUGCAUCUGAUCCUCCGCUCUCCCGAAUUGUUGUUGUCUCCAUCUCUGGUGGUAUUCAUGACUACCAGGUAAGGACAAAGUUAGAGUCUCUUGAUGGUAUUGUGCCUCCUAGCCAUGGUUUUCUUAUUAGCAGCACCGCCAUGAAGAAUGUGUGGUUAUCAAUGGAACACCAGGUUAUUUUGUGGUGUAAUCAACUUGUAGUGCAGGUGUCCCAUACUCUACUUAGUCUGAUGGACCCUGAAACGGGCCAACCAUUUUCUGACACACAAAAAAGACUUUCAAUAUUCAUGAAGAUGCUUCAUAGUGGGAUACCACAGAGUUUUAAUUGGUUGAGGCAACCACUGUUAUCUCGGCUUCCUGUUCAAGAUGGAGAAGAAGCUACUGGAUCUCUAGGACAUACUCUAUCUUCUUGUCCCAUUAAUGUUCGCUGGACUAAUGAUGGCCUCGAGAGGGACCUGUAUAUUCAGUCGACUACAGUCACGAUUUUAGCGAUGGAUGGGAGAAGGCGGUGGUUGGACAUUGAGAAACUGGGGUCCAACGGAAAAGGCCACUUCAUACUUGUUACAAAUCUUGCCCCAUGUUCUGGUAUUAGACUGCAUCUUUGGCCUGAGAAAGGAAGAUCUUCUCCAGACUCUCCUGUUAGUAAAAGGGCCCUAGAGGUGACACAAAAAAUGGUGCACAUUCUAUCAGGACCAGCACCAAGGCAGAUCGAACCAGGUAGUCAGACCGAGCAAGCUCCUCCAUCAGCUGUAUUUUUGCUGGCUCCUGGGGAUAUGCGUGGUUUCAGAUUCUUGACUAUCUCAGUUGCGCCUAGUCCGACUGUUUCAGGUAGGCCUCCACCUGCUGCUUCCAUGGCAGUUGGACAAUUCUUUAGUCCAAAAGAGGGGGAGUUGGUGUUAUCUCCUGAGUUGUUACUUCUCUCAAUGUAUUCGCCAGUGAACAAGAUAUGGAAGGAGGAUCAUCCUCUUGCUUUCAAUAUGACAUUCAGUAUUAGCUUAGGACUUUUGCCCAUUAAACUAUCUCUGGAAACUACAGGAUGUGGAAUAAAAAGCUCUGCACUCCCGGUUGAAGAGGCUGGAGAUGAGGGAAACAGUAAACUUUGUAAACUUCGCUGUUUUCCACCUGUAGCACUUGUGUGGGAUACCAUAUCAGGUCUUCAGAUAUUUCCCAAUUUGUUUUCCGAGACAGUAGUUGUGGAUUCCUCUUCUGCACUUUGGAGUUAUACUCAGGGGUCCGAGAAGACUAAUGCUUUGUUACUGGUGGACCCACAUUGUUCUUAUAAAGCGAGUGUGGCUGUCUCUGCCUCUGCUGCUGCCAAAAGAUUUUUGCUUGUGUAUGGUUCAGAGAUAGCUGGUUUUUCAGUUGCUGUCAUCUUUUUUUCUUUAAUGCGGCAAGCACAUGCAUGGGAGCUUGACUUACCUAUACCUUCAGUAUUGUCAGCUGUUGAAUCCAAUUUGAGAAUGCCAUUGCCGUUUUUGUUCCUAGCCACUAUACCCCUUUUCAUUGCCAUGUUUCUUUCCUUUCUUACAUCCCAACCAUUUCCUCCAUUUGUAAGCUUCAGCCUUGUCUCACUAGUUUGCUAUUUAUUUGCAAAUGGGUCCGUAAUCCUUCUGGUAUUGCUCUCCCAAUUGGUUUUCUAUGUUGCUGCAGUUGUACAUGUUUUCAUCAAGAUGCGGUGGAAACUUUUGGAAGGAAACUUUUGCUUUGCGUUCCUUAAUUGGUUCCUCAAUCGUAGUUCCAGUUUUUUAUCACUUAGGGUGGUUAGGGCUGUAAGAGAGAACCCAGUAGUUGUUGCUGCACUGGUUGCUGUUGCCUUGGUGUGCUUUGUUCAUCCCGCCCUGGGUCUGUUUUUAUUGCUCUUAUCUCAUGCGUUAAGCUGUCACAGUGCACUGUCCAGGUAUUUCAGGAACUUAAGGUACAAACAUACCGUGGAUGUGGUUUUCUUUUCUUCAAGAUUGCAAUAAUUGCUCUCUGUUAAUCGAAGAUCUCAAUUUCCAAGGUGCACUACCUUUUGCUUUUGGAAAAACACCACCGGAAAAAGUCCUAGUAAUGGGGAAAUUUUGAUAAGCAUGUGAAAAGAUUCCUAAUUUAAAGAUAAGUUGAAUAUUUUCAUAGCUAGUCUGAAGCCUUUGUGGUUCUUUUACGUCCUUUACCUUUCUUUGGGAUGCAGAAUGCACUCAUUUAUUUAGUGGUAUUGUGUACGCUACUACACAGUGUGGAUGUGAGAGAAAAACAGCGGUCAAUACAUCUAAUCAGUGUUGAAUAGCUUGAUAUAUAUUAUUGAUUUAUUGGGCCCAUUUCCUAACAGCUUAAGCUUUUGGGACUACUAAUAACUUAACAUGGUAUCAGAGCUCAGGUUGGGAGAGGUCUUGGGUUGAAGUCUUUCUGGUUGCAUUUGUUCCCCAUUUGCAUUCUGCUUCCCCCGUUCGUAUUCUAUUUCAUUUCAUCUAUGAAAAUUUGUAUCUCCACUUGCAAGACGGGGUUGCACGUGAGGGAGGAUGUUGAAUAGCUUGAUAUACAUUGUUGGGCCCAUUUCCUAACAGCUUAAGCUUUUGGGAAGUUUGGUACCUUAACAAUUAGUUACUUUUUAUACUGGGAUAAAUGUAAUGACAUCUGAUAAGUCGUUCAUACUUUCAAUAUUUUGUGUAAUCAAGUUGGCAGCUAAAACACUAUUCACAGUUUAAAAGCCAUUAAUAGUGUUAUAGUAAACGUGAGGACCGAGGAAACUAAAAUUUUCGUACAUUUAAAUUACAAUACUAUUAGUUUCAUUACAUUUAUUAAUUUCUUUUCUUCAUUGUCAUUACUGACGUGCCUUUGUUCAUAUCAGUUAUCACGU